AUGCGCAUUGCGGAGCGCCCGGACGACUUUGGCCCUGCGGAUCUGGAGCACCAUCUGAUACUGUUGACGGGUGAGUGUGAGACGAACCCGGCUCUGCGGUACUGGACUGCGGAAGGCGACCUUUCGAUUGAGUUCGCGGGAGUGAUGGAGGCGAAGGCGACGGUGGAGCAUUUCAACAGAGAGAACGCAGAGAAGUGGGCGAGGGAGGCGAAUGAAGAGAACGGAGAGGUCGAUCGCUACGAUGGGGAUGAGCAGACGGGCCGGGAGGAGGCCACGGUUGCGGGUGCUAAGGAGCGCCCCCUUAUUGAGUUCUAG